AUUGAAAGAAGUACAAUAACGUACCAUAUGUUUUUUUUACUUGAAUAAAAAAACAAUGGUUCACUUCAUGUAAUUGUUCCAAGCAGAAGGCAAGUCAAGAGAAAUGUGGACAAUAUUCUGGCUAGGGGUUUUGUUCCAAGGAGCAAUAUCGUAUGAUAAAGAUGAUAUUAAAAGAACAAAUAUACAUCAGUCAUAUGCUUUUGACAGCGACAGCAAUUCUCGUCACAAAGGACCAAAUAAUCAAAUACAAAGAAAACAGUGGAAUGAUUCUGGAGUGAAAGUUACAAAACAAGCAAUAAUUUAUCAUGGAUUUUUUUUCAGAAACCUGUGUGGAAAAGAUCGUUUUUACCAUGAGUUUAAUGUUUGUAAGAGGAAUAAUACGGCAGUUAUUAAUUGCUUGACAUUGCUUUCUGAAAGAGGUCUGCUAGGUAGACGAGAAAUUUUGAUCAACGGUGUUCAUGGAUUAGGUAUUAGAUUUCUAACUGGUGGUUUGGUGUAUGCAAGUGUGUAUUAUGAAAUCAAGCCAGGAUGUAAAAAAAGUCAAUUAAUACGUCGAAUGAAAUCUUGUAUACACAAAAAUGGACAAACAAGUGUUUGUUUGACCAAACUGCGACAACAAGGAAUAAUAGGACCAGGAGAAAUAUUCAGACGCCUAGUAGUAUAUAAAAUUAAAAAGGUGAAAGGGACCAAGCUUAGAACUAAAGGUCAUUUGAAAGCAGCUAUCAAACAUCAUAGGCGACCUAUCAGUUUGAAGUUUAAGAAUGGAAGACUAAUUCAAGGAGGGAAAGAAUACCGUCUACGAUGCACACGAAGACAUUUUUUCCGUGUCUGGCGACGUUGUAUACAUCGAUAUCAUCAGAAAAAUGUAUGUUUUCGGCGGUUGAAGAUUUUGAAAAUAUUCAUACCGUAUCAAGAAGGUUACUAUGGUGACGAAGAGCAUAUUGAUCACAAAAUAAAAUCAGUGGAUGAAUAUCUUCGUCAACUCGCCAAGCUCGCCUUGCGUCAUGCCAAGAAAAAAGCUAACAGUAAUACUAUUUACAGUAAUUCAAUGUCUUCUGAUGGGUCAAAAGUACAUAGAACAUAUGUAAAAGCUACGAAGAAAACAAACAUAAAACAACGUUUAAAUGUUGUUAAACACACGGUUGAUAAAAUCUCAAAGGAAAGUGGUGAGAACCAUGGAUAUGAGAGCAGUGGGGAAUAAGGUGGCUGGAAAUAAGGAAUACAGACCAAGCUUAAACAUCAAAUUAAUUUCUGUCUUUUCGACAUGUAACUAUAU